AACCCGGUUUCCCUGAAGACUGUGACUUUAAACUUUAAAGGAUACUUUUCGAUUCGACAAAGAGUAUGAAGUUUUCUUAUAAAUUAAAAUUAGAAUGUUUCGAAUAAGCAACUAUAGUUUGCUGUUGUUUUGUUACUCAAGUUAUUACUCCUUUGCAUGGGGAUUGAGGAAGAAUGCAACUAGAACUAUCAAAUGUCUGGAAGACAUGCUAAAUCAGUGUCCGCCUCAUUCUAUUUGUGAUGGUGGAUCAUGCAUUUGUUUGAAACAGUUUGUUUAUAAUACCGAUUUCACCGAAAUCGACAAAACGGAGCUCUGCAUCAGCCGCGAUGUAGCGCAGUCUGUGGCGGACAAUAAAUCCAUCACCUUCGAUAAAGUUUUCAAAGAAGCUCCCGAAACGCAUCAUAUCCUUGGUGGAAUUCUGAUUCCCAUAUCCAUAGUGCUAGUAAUGCUAUCAGCCAUUGUCCUUACAAAGAAACUGCACUUGCUGCAGAAAAUUCGACAAAUGAUAUUUUCGAGCCGCGCGAGAAGGCCUGCAUAUGAAGAUGUUGUUUUAGGUAAUGAUUCUGAUGAUCCUCCCAUUAUCUAAUUGCCCCAAACACUUCCUCCCUGCCCUCCUGUUCCCCUUUAAUAUGACUGCUAGAACUAACUCUCAAUUAACUUUUGCAGUAGGCUAUGAACAAUAAUUCCAAAGAAUCAAGGAAGGAAUAUGUAUCAUUAUAUUGUUUUAUAUAAAUUUAUAUGUUCACUAUAUUUACGUAUAUAAAGAUUGCGUUUAUAUAUAUAAAUAUAUGUGCAUCAUAUAUUGAAUUUAUAUAUGGAUAUGAUUAUAUGUAGUUCCGAAAGCAUCACUGAAUGUUUUUUGCAACUUUUGAAUCCUUACGCGACGUGACUGAAUCACUUAAAAAUGUACAUUGCAAACAAUCACAUACAUUAUAAACGAUUAAUGUGUAAAAGAAUUAAAUCGCGUCUAUGAAUGUCAAGAAGUUAAUAUGAUCAUCAAUGUUAUCACCUUCUCAGUUGUAAAUAUAUAAUAGUGCGGAAUAAAAUAUAAAUUGUAUAUAUAUAAUUAACUAACAAUAAUAUGCAUUGUAAUCAAUAGAAUAUAUUCAGACAAUGCAAUAAUGUAAACGAAUAAACCGAUUUUAUUAACUGA